AUGGCACCUGCGGUAAAGAUACUGGACCUAAACAACACUUCUCAACUCUAUCAUGCACCAGCGACAAUCAUUCCAGCAGGGGCCCGGACCGUCCACAUCUCAGGACAACCCGGUGCCAACAAAGCUGGAAUCGUCCCGAAUGAUUACGAGUCGCAGAUCCAUCUUGCCCUACUGAGUAUCCGCAAAAUCAUUCUCGCCAGCGGUGCCACCGUAAAAGACAUUGCCAAACUCGUCGUCUAUAUCGUCAAUUAUGAACCCAAGCAACGAAAGCACCGGCGCCACAUUGAGCGCUUCCUCAAAGGCCAUCGACCUGCCAUGACGUUGGUGCCUGUUGCCCAACUGGCGGAUCCCACAUGGUUGGUCGAGAUUGAAGCGGUCGUCGUCUGUCCUUCUGAGCCUCCGUCGGUGCCACGGCCCCUGCAUCUUGAAGGUCAGAAAUCAACCGAUGUCGUAAUCAUCGGUGCUGGCCUGGCGGGUUUGACUGCAGCGCACAGUAUUCUGAAAGCCGGCUUCUCCUGUAUUGUCCUGGAGGCCCGAGACCGGGUCGGCGGUAAGACCUGGAGCCAGCCGAUGGCGGACGGAAACGGCGUGCUCGAGCUUGGCGCGGCAUGGAUCAAUGAUACGAACCAGACCAAAAUGAUUGCCUUGGCUCGUCAAUUUGGGCUGGAGCUGAUUGAGCAGAACACAGAAGGCAAUGUUGCUGUUCAAGAUGCAGAUGGAACAAUUUCGUCAUUUGGUUACGGCGAUAUGCCAAAGUUCGAUGCUGCGAGCGUGAACGACAUUGUUCGCAUCCGUGACAUGGUCGAGGCUGAUUGCCAAGCAUUAGAUGUCUUCCGACCGAGUGAUUCGGACCUGGACUCGGUGACAUUCGAAGCCUAUUUGAGGUCUCGCGGUGCCAAAGACAAGGCCCUGUUGACUGCCACUACCUGGACGCGAGCCAUGCUGGGUAUUAACCCUUCGGACGUUUCCGCGCUUUUCUUUCUGAAUUAUUGCAAGUCCGGCGGUGGUCUGUUGAAUAUGCGAUCUGAUAGAAAGGGCGGUGGUCAGCACCUCCGCAUCCGGACGGGAACACAAUCAUUCGCCCAGGGUCUUGCUGCGACCCUUCCUAGUGAGCUGGUCCGCCUAAACAGUCCAGUCAAGGAGGUGCUCCAGUCUGGGUCUGGACAUGUUGAUGUUGUUGCUGGAGAUGGUGCAUCAUAUCAGGCCUCCAAGGUCAUCACGACAGUUCCUAGCCCUGUGCUCAAAACCAUCAACUUCGUGCCGCCGCUUCAUCCAGUCAAGCAAGCAUGGGCGGAUGCGUCGGGUUAUGGAUACUACACCAAGUGUAUGGCUGUUUUCAAAUCUCCAUUCUGGGUCCAAAAAGGCUUCUGUGGCCUUGCUCAGUCAUUUAUUGGGCCUGCCGCUGUUGUGCGCGAUACCUCAAGCCCGGCCGACGAUAAGCACGUCCUCACUUGUUUCAUGGCCGGUCCACCAGGACAGGAAUGGGCCAAGCUCGCCCCGGAGGCUCGCGACAAGGCAUUAUUGGCACAGAUCGGCAAGCUCUAUCAAUCGGAAGAUAUUGUCCAGCAAGAGUUUGUCGAGACAGUCAUGUACGAAUGGGUCAACGACGAGUGGGCGGGUUAUGGCUGCCCUUGCACAUCCAUCACACCUGGCACUCUUGAUACCUUUGGACCUGAUGCGCUACGUCUGCCAUUGGGAAACCUUCAUUUUGCUGGCACCGAAACCGCCGGCGAGUGGAAGGGUUACAUGGAGGGCGCAGUGCGCAGUGGCGAGAGAGCUGCGGAUGAAGUCGUCGAGGACCUCAAAUCAAGCUUUGCAGCACGUUUGUAA